AUGCUAGAUUAUCUUAAUUAAAAAUAAUUACAUGGAUAAUAUUAACAAAAUCCAUUGUAAUAUAAUGGAGAUUUGUUAUCGCAAAUAUCUUUACAUCCUUCAUACUCCUAAUAGUAUUAAUUAGAUGAACAAAAAGUGCAAAUAUUAUUAGUUGGGAAUCCAUAAUUGCAACUUGUACAUUAAUUGUAUCCUGGGCCUGUGCAUUCAUUACAUGAUUUAUGGCAAAUUAGUUUAGAUAAAUAGAUAUUUCUAAGUGAAACUAAUCCUGUAUUUGUAUUCGUAGAUGUGAAUAAAAUUUAACCAGAAGUUGGAAUUGUUGUUAAUAAAAUUGUAAAAUUCACAGUUCUAACUUCAUAAGGAAGAGCAUCACAAAAUCCAGUUGUCAUUGAAUAAGUUGUAGGGGAAGUAUAGGAAUAUGAAUAUGUAAAUGAUUCUAAUGUGAAUUAAACAGUUUGA